AUGGAAACCGCAUUGCCGUGGCAUGUAUGCUUGGGGCCAAGCUCAGUAGCUACUGAGGUUCGUGGCUGCACCAAGCAGGAUUUCCAGAUGUCGCGGCGACUAAAUUCUUCGUCGACGAGCACUCUGGCACUUCGUAAGCACAAGUCCAUCGCGCAGUUGGUGACCUUGGCCGAUGGCAACGAAGAGGAUGACAAGGAUGACGAAUCGGAGCAUGAGGAUGACAUUGGACAUGCGCUGGCGAUUGCUCAGCAUGAACGCUGCCCCACCGCGACUUCUUGUUUCAGCUAUGAUAUGAUGUGUGAAGCUCUGCAGGUUAGGAUCUAG